ACCGGAAGUAGUUUUCUUUGAACCGGGAGGCGGUAAAAGAUGCCGGAGGAGCGGGGAGAAACCGUUGACGGAGCAGAGCAGGGUCCGGGGAGACGGAGGAGACACUGCAGCCGCUCCUGAGGCACCGGCAACAUGGGCAGCAGGGCCGAGCAGCAGCUGCUCAUCGUGGUCUCCGUCCUGGAAGGGCGACAUUUCCCAAAACGUCAUCGGCACAGCAUUGUGGUAGAAGCACGGUUUGAUGGAGAGUUGCUGGCAACAGACCCUGUUGAACACAAAAGUCAGCCCGAGUUUGUUACAGAACUUGCUUGGGAACUUGACAGAAGGUCAUUAUAUCAACACAGGUUACAACGCACACCCAUCAAGCUAUAUUGUUAUGCAGUGGAUUCUCUGACAUUAGCAAAGGAGUCUGUAGGUUAUAUCAUUUUGGAUUUGAGGUCUGUUCAAGAGACUAAACAGGCACCCAAAUGGUAUCCCUUGCUUAGCAGCAAAUACACAAAAAGUAAACCUGAGAUCAGGAUUGGCAUUGUAUUGGAGACUGAUGUUAAACCACAGAUAGAAGGUUUCAAAGCCAAAGAGGCACCUCCAAGAGAUGGGAAAAUAAUAGAAACUUCGCCUGAUCCUAUCCUGGAUUUGAACCCCAAGAAUCUGACUGCAGUUCUGAAUGAGGACGAAAGCUAUUAUCAGAUUGGGCCAGCAGAAUUCUGCAACGAUUUCUUUAUGCUUUCUGUGACCAUUGCAUUUGCAACACAGUUAGAGCAGUUGAUUCCAAGUACAAUCAAGCUACCAGAGGGGAGACCUGAAUUUUUCUUUUACUACACUUUGCUGGGAAAUGAUGUCACCAAUGAUCCUUUCAUUGAUCUGAUGAACCCGAACUUUGCACCAGAACGAGCUUCAGUGAGAAUUCGGAGUCAACUAGAUGUUCUCCAGCUGUUCUUAUCUUCUCAACCAAAUCUCCAGAUUCAUUUGUGCUGUGGCGACAGGUCAUUGGGCAGUACAGAGGUCUCACUUGCAGGAUUAUUAAAAAGAGGUCAAGAAAUAGAUCGGCACCCUGCAGCAGUUGAAGGAGCUUUUACUUUGGUGCCACCUAACAAAGCAAAGCAAAAGGACCCUCCUCUGCCACUUGAGUUGUCUCCGACUGUGGGCGUGUCAGUAACUCUUAGAAAAGAAGGAAUAAAAUCUCAGCAAUCUAGUCCAGGUAAAAUGGAACCUGAACCUAAGUCUCCAGUGAUGCAGCGAAUAGUUUCUCCUCAAACUGUUAAACCUUCAGUUCCUGAACAAAAGCCCAAGACUGUAGAUGUUGCAAGCAUUUCUCCCGAACGUGGUGAUUCCCCUCCCAGCAGAGACCAGGCCACAGAAAAUGAGGUGAAUAGCCUGCAGGGAGAAGAAGAUAAAGAGAUUCAAAAUGACAAACAACAAUUAGAACAGCAAUCAGGAGCAGCAUUACAUUCCAAGGCACAUUCAUCUCAAACUGUUAAACCUUGCCAAGCACCAGUUGCGGCAAUGGAACCACAAUGUGGUCCUGCCUUCGUUUCCAAGUUAUCUGAUUCCUCUUCAGCACCAAAGAUUUCCAUUCCAGCAUCAGCACACCAUUUCUGUUUUGCCCUGGAUAUAAGAAGUAUUAGACAGCUGGAUGUCAGUUUUGCUGUGAAUUGUAUAGUACGGUACUCCUAUCCAUUUUUUGGAACUGCAGCCCCAAUCAUGACGAAUCCUCCAGUGGAGGUGAAGCGAAACAUGGAAGUGGUCUUCCCUCAAUCAUACUGCGCAUUUGAUUUUGCAGCACUACCUCAUCAACUGCAAGAUACUUUCUUCAGGUUACCUUUGUUGGUUGAAGUAUGGCACAAAGAUAAAAUGGCCAAAGACUUGCUGUUGGGAGUAGCAAGACUGAAAUUGUCCAAUAUUCUGACAGCAGAAAAAUCUCGCUUUUUGGGACCAUCAGGAGAUCAGUGUUGGCGUCAGACCUACAGUGAGAGGAUACCAGUGAUAGCAACACAGGGGCCAAACAACAAAAUUGCUGAACUGUACUACUCCAUGACGCUGGAGGAUUAUAAUUUUGUAAAAACUCAACAUGUUACUGUAUCUGAUUCAUCUCAGAAUUCAAAUAUUGGAUACCAGCAACAGCCUGAUCCUUCAGCUAAGCCUGGUCAGGCGUCAGAGCCAGGUCGUGACCCUAGGCCUCGUGAGACGAUGGAAUAUAAAGCUGCAUUAGAGUUAGAAAUGUGGAAAGAAGCACAAGAAGAUUUGUUUCAGGACCAGUUGAAGCACAAAGAGUUGGCACACAUGCAAGCCCUUGCUGAGGAGUGGAAGAAGAGAGACCGAGAAAGGGAAGCACUUGUGAAGAAAAAGGUGCUUGAAUAUGCUGCACUUGAGGAACGACUACAAAAAACAUUGGCAGAUUUGGAAAAAAGAGAGAGACAGCUUGCUCAUGGUGAAGUGGAGCUCCAGAGGUUGAGAAGAGAGUUACAAGAUGAGCAUGAUCGAAGUUUGCGAGAAAUGCAAGACACCAUGAGACGUUGUACAGAAGAUUCUGUCCGUCAGGUAGAGCUGGAAAAGUUAAAACUUAACCAGUUGGAACAUGAUAAGUCUCGUUUACAACAGCAGCUCCAUGAAGCAGAACAGAAAUACAAACUACUUGAAAAAGAGUUCCAUCAGUACAAGGAGCAGCAGAGCAGUAAACCUGAAAUUCGACUUCAGUCAGAGAUCAAUCUUUUAACUCUUGAAAAGGUGGAAUUUGAGAGGAAAUUGGAAUCGGCCACAAAAUCUAAGCUGCACUAUAAGCAGCAGUGGGGGCGAGCGUUGAAAGAGUUAGCACGGCUAAAACAGCGUGAGCAAGAAAAUGCUAUGGCACGACUUAAGAAACAGCAACAAGAACUGGAACAUAUGAGGUUGCGUUACCUGGCAGCUGAGGAGAAAGAAGUAGUUAAAACAGAACGACAAGAAUUGGCAGAAAUUAGGAAUGAAUUGAACAGGUUAAAGCUACAAGAAGUUAAAGAUGCUUCAGAUCAGCGUGCUCCUGCAGUUGGAAGGGAGGCUGGAGAUCAUGUUCAACAGCCAGAUGAGGCUUUGGACAACUAUCUUGCUCGGCUCAUAGAGGAGAGGGACACUUUACUAAGGACAGGGGUAUACACUCACGAGGAUCGGAUUAUCAGUGAGCUUGACAAACAAAUCCGUGAAGUUAUGACAAAGAGAGGUGGUCAGAGAUGAAAAUAAUAUGUCACUGAAUGUUUAUGUGGCAUGUAACAAGACAACCACAAAAUCAUCUACCAUUUCGCUAAUCAUACCUUUGAUAGAAACUUAGUGUAAAUUUUGUGUAUAUUUCAUAUUUUCAUAUUUGAUAGAGUUUACAUUGACUUUUAUACAACUAAUAGGUUUUUGAAAAAUUAUCUUGAAACAAAAUUUCUGUUCAUUCUUUGAACAGUUACUUCUAUUGAUGUGUGAUGUUUUUUAAAUGGGUCUAUAAAUAGCUAUUUUUGAGAGUAAACCCCACUCAAAUUCAUUAAAUACCAAUUAAAUUUUAUGCAUUUUUUUUCUUUGCUAGUAUCACUGGGCUGAUAAGCUGAUGCCAUACAUGCAGGAAAAUCAGCUAUCAAGAAGAACAGAUAUGACAAUAGCACCUCAUGGUAAAAACAAUAGCUGAGUUAAAAAAAAUUUUUGAAAGGGUCAUAGAAUGUGGAGAUACCAGGAGGUUUCUGCUUUGUAUACAGCAAUAAAUUCAUUACCUGCAAUUGAGGUAUAUGCAAAAUUUUGGAACUGUACAGAGGACAUGUUUUAAUACGAUCUUCUGUAGAGUUGGGAAGAUGGAAAUCUGAAAUUGUUUGAAUGGCAUUUUAAUCAAUAUCAAAUAAAUAAUCCAUUUUUUAAAAUCAUGUUCAUUGAAAACCCAGCUGCCUUAGCAAACAUAUCUAAAAGUCCUUUAUGCCACAUAUACUAUAUGGUUAAUAUACUCAACCAGUUUGGCUUUAAUUUAUUUUUUAUUAUUGUGACUUGAAAUAUACCAUUCUGUCAAAGUAAUUACAGUGCAACUCUCAUGAGAGCAAAAAUCUGACUAAGUGUACUUGUGUCAAACGUGACAAAAAUUUGCAUUUUGCAGUUAAGCUAAGUAGAAAAUAAUUUAAUUGUAACUUUUUAGAAUGAGUAUUUACCAUGCAGAAGAUGCCAAAUCAGUAUCCAACGCAGUUCUAAAGGCUGGCGGGAGAGGUUUUACAGGAUUUAAUAGUCACAAGUAUUGCUUUGCGCUCACUUUCAGAGGAGAAUGCACCAGUAUUACUUUAAAUAUUCUGAAAUUAUUUCACUUCAAAGGUUUUAAUUAAGUGCUUUUGGUCAUUUAGUCAGUUGAUGUUUUUUAUAUGAUGUUGUAAAAUGUUUUGUCAGACUGAUUUUAAAAAUCUUAAUUCACCAACUCUUGUUUAAGUAACACACUGAUGUGGAAAAAUUGCACCAAGUUUGGCUUUUUAAAAUGUGUUCUCUGGAGUUUUAAAUAAGUAGAUGAGGAAUAUAUAUAUGUCUUAUUAAAAUUUAUUUUCCAAUGUUGAAAUUUAUGUAUUAACAAGCAUUUAUAGAGGUAUUGACCUACUGCAUCACUAUAAAUCUUAUUCCAAGUCCUUCAGUUUGAAGAUUUUAAAGAAUUUUUUUUGGAAAAUACCUGGAAUGCAGAGAAGGUAUACGUGGGCAAACCAAGUACUAGUCAGUAUCAUAGUUAUUUUCUGUGCACAAAGAUAUUCAGGUUAUGACUUCAGCUCAUCAAACCUGAACACACUUGCUAUAAUUGAUAGUCAAACAAUAAUUUAUUUCAAGCUGCUUUUUUCUCCCCAUUUUGAACCAUUUAUUAUUAAGAGAUUGAGAAAGAAAGUGGAGAUUAAGCCUAGAUACUACAGUAAUUUUGAAUGGUAAAGUGGGCUUCAAGGGCCAUGUAGUUUACUCCCAUUUCUUAUGUUCUCAUGUUAGACGUAAAGGAACUUCAUGUGUCUACAUUGUAUAAAAUUUGAUUCUUGAGAAUAUAUAUUCUAAUUAAAAUUGCUUAAGUUGGUGAAGGGAGUAUUACUGGCAGAAGUUCUAGAAAGGUCCCAGUCAAUUAGAAAACUGCAGCUGUAGCAUCCAUGUUCAUGUAAAGGAGACAAAGCAGAAAACUAUAAAUUAUACACAGCCCAGCAACUGUACUUUGGAAAAUAUGGAACCCUAUUGGAUGUUGACAUAUAUUGUAAAAGGUAAUAAAAUACAAAAAGAAAGAUCUUGCUGUACAGGGCGGUGGUGAACACACCUAGUGUACUGUGUACAGUUUUGUUCUUAAUUAAGGAAGGAUAUACUUGUGCUGGAAACAAUUUAGCGAAGAUUUAUUUGGGUGAUUUUGAGUCUGCCUUACGAAGAAAAAUUGGGUCUGUUAGACUGAAGAAAAUUGACAAGAUAUUUUGAAACAUUUGGUUCUGAGGAGGCUUGACAAAGUCAAUACUGAGGAUGUUCUGCUGUCUGAGUAGGGGGUGCUUAAAAAUAGAAGGUAAAGUUUCAAAAUCAGGAUUCUUACUCAUUUUAAGAUGGCAUUGAGUUUUUUUUUAAAGAAUCCUGAAUCUUCAAAAUUCUUGACCAAAGUUACUGAGGUGAAUCGUUAAAUAUAUUGGAUAGAUGUAACUAUCAAAGGUAAUGGGGAAUGAUGGGAAAAUGACAUUAAAGCAGGAUCAUAUCAACCAUAAUAAUAUUAAAUGUUCAAGGAGCUGUAUGGCCCAGUUAACCUUAGGGGAGUGUCAGGAUUGUAUCAACCAUGAUAAUAUUAAAUGGUCAAGGAGCUGUAUGGUCCACUUAACCUUAAAGCAGUAUUGGAGGUAAACGGCUGACAGCAUUGCAUAAUAAGUUUAGGAUUGUUCUGUUCCUCCCAGUAAAAUAAAAACAAAACCUGUUGUACAACAUUAUAACUAACAUUUAUUCCAUUGGAAUAGGAAAGUCUGUGCAGUGAAAUCUGAAUACGUAACUAAUCAGUACGGUUUGCAAGAAAUCAACCUGCUAUUUGAAUCUCCUUGGCACAAAUGAUGGAUUUGAAACUUUUGUUAGCAGCAGAGGGCGCUGCUCCUGCAAAGGAAAAGCUCUGGCCCUAUGUGGUAGUAUUGAUUUUCUACUUACCAUUCUCCAUGAAAUUUGAUUCUAUUUAACAUUAUGGAUCAGAACUUGAACUGCGAAUUUUUAAUGCAACUUUUGUGAUUUAAU